GAGUGGACGCGCCUAAAUAAGUAUGACCAAAGGAUCCGCGCCCUGACGCGCUCCGGUGAGCGCAUGCUGGACCGGUGAGAGUGUGGACUAGUAUGAAGCGCCAUGGCUUGGUGUGACCGCGGGGUUCAAACGCUGCUGGCCACCGUGGGGGCUUUCGCUGCCUUCAGCCUGAUGACCAUCGCCAUCGGCACGGACUACUGGCUCUAUUCGAGGGCGUACAUCUGCAACAGCACCAAUGCCACCACAGACGAGACCCAAUCGCAGCCCAGAACCAAGAGGGGCGACCUCACCCACUCCGGGCUCUGGAGAAUCUGCUGUAUUGAAGGCAUCAAUCAAGGCAGCUGUUACAGAAUCAACCAUUUCCCAGACGACAAUGACUACGACACAGACAGCUCUGAAUACCUGCUGCGUAUAGUCCGUGCCUCCAGUGUGUUCCCCAUCCUUAGUACCUGCCUGUUGAUGCUCGGCGGGCUUUGUGUCGGGGUGGGCCGAGUCUACAACAAGACAAACAACGUCCUCCUCAGCGCAGGCAUCCUCUUUGUAGCUGCAGGUCUGAGCAACAUAAUCGGCAUCAUCGUCUACAUCUCCAGUAACGCAGGAGACCCCAAUGACAAACGUGACGAUGACAAGAAGUACACGUAUUCCUACGGCUGGUCGUUCUAUUUUGGCGCCCUCUCCUUCAUUGUGGCCGAAACGGUGGCCGUCCUCGCCAUCAACAUCUACAUUGAGAGAAACAAGGAAGUUCGCUGGAGGGCACGGCGCGAGUUCAUCCGUUCUCUUUCUUCCUCUUCCCCGUACUCGAGGAUACCGAGCUUCCGCUACCGCCGGCGGACGUCGCACGCAAGCUCUCAUUCUACAGAGGCGUCGCGGGAGAACUCGCCAGUGGUUGGUCUGAAGGGGGAGGCAUCGUCCAGUGGGGCCCUGGAUGAGCUGUCCAUGUACGCCCUGGCGAGGGACAGCGUGACAGAGAACACGUACAGCCCUGAGCAUGAGGCCGCUGAGUUCCUCCAGGUCCAUAACUGUUUCCCCAAUGAUUUAAAGGACGGGGUGAAUCGCAGGACCACACCGGUGUGAGGGGCACGUUGCAGGGCCCCGAGGUUCACCUGGAAGUGGAUGUGCGCUAA